AUGGCUUCUUUCACACUGCUUGCUCGUCCCAUCUUUUCCUCAUUCCGGGCAUUUCAAAAAGUCUGGGUCAGAUGCUCUUCUUCCAAUACCGAAUACAUUCGUCCUCCUGGACUCAUGAAAUACUGGACCAAAGACGAGUACAAUGCAUACCAACGAUGGAGAUAUGCCACAAAACCUGAUUAUCGGAGAAAAUGCAUUGAGUAUGCUAAGAAGUAUAUAAAGCGACGAUAUGAAUGCGACCCAGAUUUCCGCCAGAAGGUGCUCGACGCCAACAACCAGUGGUAUGCCGUUCCAGAACAUAAGCAAAAACUCAAGGACCGCUACGCCAACGAUCCUGAGUUUCGGAAGGCCAAGAUACAGAGAUACUCUGAACGAUACGCCAGCGACCUUGAUUUUCGACAAGCCAAGCUCCAGCGCGAGAGGGAGCGAUACGCGAACGAUCUCGAGUAUCAAGAAGUCAUCAAACAACGGGCCUUGGAGCGAUAUGCAAACGAUUCUGAAUAUCGGGAGCUUACGAAGCAACGUGCUAGAGAGCGGUACUGGCGGAACAAGUAUGGGCUUUCCAACCACGAGUCUCGACAACAAUCCCUGGACGAGCCAGACACUCAAGACAAGUCAAACAAGUCAGAUACUGGUCUCUGA